AUGGAUCCAAACGAAGAUCAGUUUUAUGCCUAUUCGACAAACAGGAGAAGUGAUCUCCCACUAGUGCCUGUUGCUCAAACUAAUGCAUCUGAUAGACAUUAUCAACAGCAGCAACUGAUGAAUCGCACCAGUAAUUUUGGCCUAACAUUGCAGCAGAAUUCGCUAGCCAGGGCUUCAUAUAUUGAACCACAACUAAAAUCUCCUUUAGCACCUCCGAUGUUUCGAAAAGACGCAUGGACAACUGAACUUGAGAAUAUGAAUAAAAUAAGCAAUUCAAAUGUUUUGGUUGGAAAUGAGCCAUCAAAAAUAUCAUCAAGUAUGAAUAAUAUUUGCUCAAAGAUGUCGUCGUCGAAGGCUGCAAUUCUCAUGUGUGGCUUGAUGUUGUGUGGUGUACCAUUGGCUGUAAUGACAACUCUCUGGUUAAAAUCAUCAACUGCAGCUGUCGUACUCCCCACUCAGUGCUAUGCCUAUACAAGCGAUACGUCAACCAGCCGUGCGGUUACGUACGUGUGUGGUGGCUGUUAUUGUGAUAGUAGUCUAACGAACGGUGCUAAUUGGUAUAGAUUUCUAAGUACAGCUGGUAUAAUGCUCGUCACAACACAACUUUCAACAACUAGUAUUUGUGGCACUAGUUAUCCAGCAUGGUUUAAUGGUUCUUUUCCUUCCACAGUUGGUUCGACCACAACGGGGAAUAUUUGUAUCUACAAUGGUUCUCCGUGUGGUGUUUCCUAUUCACCAAUUAGUGUUACAAACUGCAGUGGUUAUUAUGUAUUUUAUUUAGUUACAUUGCCAUAUUCAUGCUCCCGAUAUUGUGUGACAAAUUAA